AAGGACACAAUCUUCAGUUUGACUAGUCAGAGACUUCCAUCCUUGUUUGACAAUAUGUCAAUGUUAACUAAUACCUGUAAAUGUCACUGUCUUUAUCUACUGAACCUGAACUCCAGAUGGCAACAAGCGUCCAGACUGAUAACAAUGAUCGGUGGACCUUGUUCAACAGAAGUUCACUCAGUGUGUGGCGGCAGAUUUAAGAGUAUUUCUUCUGCAAAGACGGAUGUGAGGACCAAUGUUUUGGGAGGACGCACACACACAAAGUGGUUUAAUAGCACUCUACAGAGAAGAGACCUUCAUUUAAGCGCACCUCUUGAGGAGGAAAAUGCACUUCGGGUCAGAGAACUAACAGAGACAGAGUAUGACAGACUAGCAGAAGAGACACUCUACGCUUUAGCAGAUUAUUUUGAAGACCUCACAGAUGAGAGCUUCACUGGAAUGGACUAUGAUGUCGUAUUCUCUAAUGGUGUGCUGACAGUAAAAGUGGGUUCUGACCAUGGUACAUAUGUCAUCAACAAGCAAACACCCAACCGGCAGAUUUGGCUCUCCUCACCAACAAGUGGGCCAAAACGCUAUGAUUGGACGGGGGAGCGAUGGGUGUAUGCUCACGACGGCGUGGCUUUGCACAAUCUGCUCUCCAAAGAAUUUUCCCUCAUCUUUCAAUCAAAAAUCGACCUGUCACAUCUCAUUUACUCAUGACAAGACCAGAGUGAAGAACGGAUACCAUAUAGAUCCUUUCCAUUCACAGCAGUUGAAUGUCGUCAUCUCUUUGGUUAAACAAUACGAUGGCAAGUUACUACUGUAGCCAGUUCUCAAACAUCCUGGAUUUAUUUUUAGAUAGAUGUUUUAUGAUUUACAGUGACGGCACAAAUUAUUUUGAUACUUUUCGGCUCUUAAGACGUGCAUUAGAAGCAAAAUAUCAAUCCAAGAGGCAUCUGCAAACAAAUGAUUCUAGACUUUUUCCUCAGAACUAACUUUACUAUUGUUGUAAUUGCAUUGAACAUUUUUAGUCUCAAAGUGAUUUUUAGUGGUUAUGCAGGUGUCUUAGCAGAGUUCAUCACAUUAACUACUGGCAUAUUCCACUAACUGGUUCGGGUUUGACAACCAGAAAGUGUCUAAAUCAUUUUUUUCUUAAUUUUGAACAAUGUAUCGUUUUUUUUUUUUUUUUUUUUUUUUUUAAUGAUUUAAAACCUAACAAACUUCAUUAAAAAAACUUGUUUGUGCUAUAAUUAUUUUAAAUAAAUACCCAUACAUGUAUAUCAAAUGCAAAGACAUUCAUUUAUAAGUGUGGCUUAAGUGUCCAAAUAACAUUUGGUUGUGUACAAUUGUGUAAUAUAAAACUUGCACUCAGCCGCAAGUUCUCUAUGCUUUUUGUUUGCUGACGUACCUUCAAAACAGACCAGUGCUGCCAAAUUUCAUAAACAACAAAUCCCAGGAGAUUACAGACCUCAAGAAUGAUUUAUUUGUCUGUUUCAAAUCUGUACACAGUUAUGAGCUUUAAACACACUCAGAACAGCAGAAUGUGCUCCCAUAAUCAAAUCCCUGUAAAUAAAUUUGGUUAGAUUAAAUCCAGAUUAAAAGGUUCACAUUUAAUGGCUUGUAAACCAGAUAAAUAAGACAAAUGGACACAGAUUGUAUUUUGGGAGCUUUUAAGUUAUCCCUGCAUAUACCUGGCUCUGGUUGAACUGUAAGAGGCUAUUGGGUAGAUCUAGGAAAAGAAGGGGAUUAUGACAGACAGAUGGAGGUAAGGUUCUUCUUCUAAAACCCCCCAGCCAGAGCCUUUAUUUUAGAAUUGACUGUGAAUAAUAGCAUUUGUCUUGGGAUAAUUUUGCUCAGAGUCACAAGACUGCUGUGUAUUUAAAAAUACCAGCUCGAUUUCUCGCUGGUCCGCCCAACAGUUAACACUGAGUCAUUAACUCCAGUGAUAAAUCAUAGGAAAUCAGUUCUCUUCAGACAACUCUUAAUGUAAUAGCCCAUAUAUCUGAAGAUUAACUUGACACUCUGUCCAUGUCAAUGUUGAAAUAUGAGAUGGAUUGUACUGAGGCGGUAGGUGUAAUGCCUUUAUUCAUGUUGCAUGUGAUAAAACAAUGACACAUCUCUCUUUAUGUUGAUGUCUGACAUGUUUUUCAGCUGUUUUUGUCUGUUGGUGGUGCAUAGCUGUGAAUUAUAUAAAAUAAACUAGAA